AGGGUGCUGAAACACACUGAAGAGGAGGAGAGACUUGAGAUAAAAAGAGAAGACGAACAUGCGAGACAAGGAUAAGCAUAGGCAAGCAUAGCCACAAGUAGCGGUCCGCAAACAGAGGUGACAUUGCGCCGCUGGGUUCUAUCCUUCGCCGAGGUCCUGGUGUACAGCAUACACGACCAGAGGUUGAAAGUUUGAAGGUCAAAUACGAAGGAACUGCAUGACAAUGCCAUUGAGGCUACUCCUCCUUUUCAUGGUCGGAAUCAGCCAAGCGACAGUUUUUUCGGCAAAAGAACAAUGGCGAGGGGAAGAUUCUAUGACCCGCUCUCAUGACAACUACGAAUGGAGCACAUGGUUCAAUGUGGACCAUCCGGGAGGCCGCGGAGACUACGAGCAGCUGGACGCCAUCCGCUUUUACUAUCGAGCCCGUGUGUGUGAGACUCCCCGAGCGCUGGAGGCCAGAACCACUGAUUGGGUCCCAGCCCGUGAAACCGGGGAGAAAGUGCACGCAGACCCAACUGUGGGCUUCUGGUGCCUCAAUGAAGAGCAAGGCCUGGAGCGGAACUGCUCCAACUAUGCGGUUCGAUUCCUUUGUCCCAAAGGUAACAGCCUCAACUUUCAGGAUAUUUGGAGUCCGUGGACAGACUGGGGUCCAUGUUCUGCCCUCUGUGGUCAAGUGGGAGUCCAAAUUCGCUCCAGAAGCUGCAGUUCUCCCUCACUGCUUUGCAAUGGACCAAAGGUAGAAAGGAAAGAAUGCCACGGACCAGAGUGUGUGACAGAUUGCGCCCUACACUGUGUGAUGGGAAGGGUGAAUGCAGAGUGUAAUGCGUGCAUGUGUGAAGAGCACAUCCUACUGGGCUCUAUCCGUGGUUCUGGGGGUCUCAUUGCUGAGGGGGCUGCAAUACUGGGCUCGGACAAACUCCUCACCCUCACAGACCACAAUGGACAUUUCCGGAUCCCCGGGCUCUGUCCUGAUGGCAAUACCACGUUGACGAUCAGGCUGCAAGGCCACGCCACCCAAAGUGUUUUGGUUCCUAAAAGCGCUGAGCGUACCACAGUCGUCAGCGUGCAGCUCAAAAGAACCGACAAGCUUCAUGUGUUGAGCAACCCUGAGAGCAAGGCCAGGAGAGAGGGACAAACUGCUGCCUUCUGCUGUAAUGUGGCCGGUACACCACAGCCAGACAAGUACCAAUGGUUCCAUAACAACAGCCUCUUAGAAAGGAAAUCCGAUAGCACCUUGGUUCUAAAAAAGCUGCAUCUUGAACACGCUGGAGAGUACUACUGCAGGGCAAGCGGUCAAUCUGGGGCCAUUAAGACCAAACCAGCGAUGCUCAACAUCAUUGGCAAAAGUAGCCAUUCAUGCAAUCCCAAGCCUGAUCCUCAUCUCAUACGUCUUCCACACGACUGCUACCAAAACAGCACAAACUCUUUCUACUAUGACGUCGGCAAAUGUCCUUCCAGCACAUGCGUUGGACAGCUGGACAAUGGUAUCAGAUGCAAAGACAAAGUGGCAUACUGCUGCGGAGUGGCAAAGAUGGAGGAAAGGCACCUGGCAUGCCAGGGCUACCAACUGCCCACAAUGGUCGUUACUGAAUGUGGCUGUCAGAAAUGUGUGGACACCAAAGCGAUUGUGCAUGGGAGAGCUGUGGCCGCAGACACCGGUGAGCCAAUGAGAUUUGGCCACAUCUUUAUGAAUGGUGUAAGAAUUAGCCGUACGGGAUACAAAGGUACCUUCACCAUCCACGUUCCGCCUGAGAUGGAGAGAUUAGUCCUGACUUUUGUGGACAACAUGAAUACGUUCAUCAACACAACAAAGGUACUUCCAUUCAAUACCAAAGGAGGUGCUGUGUACCAUGAAAUUCAACUCACACGAAAGAAAGUUCCUGUGACCAUUCGGUCCUCAGAAACCAACACACUCGAUCUGGGGGAAGUAGAAGGACGGGAAGCGAUGGCUCACAUACAGAUUCCUCCCAAUUCUUUCUAUAAGGAGAACGGUGAAGUGUUUGUGGGUGACGUCAACGCCAGCGUAACAUUUCUUGACCCCAGAGAUGUUUCCACAGCCGCCGCGGCCCAAAGUGAUCUCAACUUUGUCGGGAACGAAGGAGAUACCUUGCCACUGAGAACCUAUGGGAUGUUUUCAGUUGACUUCAGAGGCGGAGAAACCAAUGAGCCCUUGAAUGCAGGUGAGGUGAAGGUGUUCCUGGAUUCUGCCCAGGUUAUGAUGCCUGAACACCUCAGAACCAUGAAGCUUUGGUCACUCAACCCCGAGACAGGCCUGUGGGAGGAGGAGGGAAGUCUGAAGCUUGAAAAAAAAUCAAGAAGAAAAAGGGAAGAGAGAACUUUUCUGAUUGGCAACCUGGAGAUCAGAGAGCGACGACUUUUUAACCUGGACGUCCCAGAGAACCGGAGGUGUUAUGUGAAAGUGCGGGCCUUCCGCAGCGAGCGCUUCAUGCCCAGUGAACAGGUUGAGGGAGUCGUAGUGAGUCUCAUAAACAUGGAGCCCACAGCUGGCUACUCCUCUAACCCUCGUGCUUGGGGGCGUUUCGACAGCGUCAUCACAGGCUCUAACGGCGCUUGUCUACCGGCUUUCUGCGAUGAGCAAAAAGCAGAUGCUUACACUGCGUACGUCAUGGCCAACCUCGGAGGCGAGGAACUAGAGGCUGUCGCUUCGACUCCCAAACUCAAUCCGAAUAUCAUCGGAGUGCCUCAGCCUUACCUGGGCAGGCUGAACUACAGGCGCACUGAUCAUGACAACCCCAGACUCAAGAAGACAGCGUUUAGCAUCAACUUGGCAAAACCAAGUCCAAACACGGCCGAAGAGGCCAACGGACCGGUGUAUCCCUUUGAAAAACUGAAAGAAUGUGAGGAGGCACCAUUCAGUGCUGCUCAUUUCCGCUUCUCGCGAGUAGAAGGAGAUCGUUAUGACUACAACACGGUGCCAUUCAAUGAGGACGACCCAAUGAGCUGGACAGAGGACUACCUCAGUUGGUGGCCUAAGCCAAUGGAAUACCGUGCCUGUUACAUCAAAGUCAAAAUCAACAGCCCGCAUGAGAUUAAUGUGCGGUCUCACAAUAUGGGGGGCACUCAUCCGAAGACAGUGGGCCAGCUGUACGGUCUCCGAGAUAUCCGAAGCAUCCGCGACAUGGACCAAACGGCAGUGUCGGCCGUGUGCCUCGAAUUCAAGUGCAGCGGGAUGCUGUACGAUCAGGCGCGCGUCGAUCGCACGUUGGUGAAGGUGAUUCCGCAGGGUAGUUGUAAAAGAGAUCAUGUCAAUUCGCUCCUCCAGGAGUACCUUGUGAACCAUCUCCCGCUAGCUGUCAACAAUGACACCAAUGAGUUCACUAUGCUAGCACCUCUUGAUCCUCUCGGUCAUAACUACGGCAUUUAUACAGUCACGGAUCAGGAUCCACGCACAGCUAAAGAAAUUGCUCUCGGCCGCUGCUUUGACGGCACCUCUGACGGCACGUCUCGUGUCAUGAAGAGCAACGAGGGUGUGGCACUGAUGUUCACUUGCGGAGGUCGCGAGGUUACUCGUCAAAAUUUCUUCCAGACCCUGCAAAACUCGCAAGGUCAGAUAGCCACAAGCGGGAGAGUUGAAGGGAGACAAAACCGGCGUCGGCAAAGAGCCAACGCUUCCCGAAACAGUCAAAGACGCAGCACCAGAGAUCCAAAAGGAAGAGGCGCAAAGGCCAGAAACUAAGCGCAUCAAGAUUCAGCAAUGAGUGUGUCCAACAUUAAUCUCGACUUGGGUGCAAAUAUUCAAUAGGAAUGUUUUACAAAUUAAUACGGUAUGUAACUACCAAAGCUAAAGUAAAUGUCUUAAUGCCGUUCAUUUGUUUCCACAAUGUCAUUCUUAUGCGAUUACUGUAUUUUCUUGAAACUUGUAAAUAGAAUAUUUAUUACUAUUAAAACAUUUUAGUGAUUCCAGCAAGA